AUGCUGGUCAUCCUGAACAAUACAUACACGAUCCCCGAGGCAGAAUAUGCUCUUCAGUACACAGAUUGCAAGAUCCUCUUCGCGACACCAACGAUCGGCAAGCACAUCGAUAACUCGAACAUGCUGAGGCAGUUCUCGAACAGCUCGGAGAAGUUGCCAGCAUUGCAGCAGAUUGUCAUUCUUGCAGACAGCCUCGACAACUUACUGCACUAUCAAGACGCCAUCAAGAUUGGAUCGCGACUGCCGAACGGACCAGUCAAGCAAGUACAAGACAGCCUCUCCCCUUACGAGACAUGCAACCUACAGUUCACAAGUGGCUCAACCGGUCAUCCUAAGGCAGCUAUGCUCACACAUCACGGUCUGCUCAACAACUCCCGCUUCAUCGGUGAUCGCAUGAGUUUGACGGCGGAAGACGUAUUGUGCUGUCCACCACCCAUGUUCCACUGCUUUGGUCUGGUACUCGGCAUGUUGGCUUGCUUGACACAUGGCGCGAAGAUCGUAUAUCCCUCAGAGAUCUUCGAUGGACCUUCAGUACUGCAGGCCAUCACUGACGAGAGAUGUACUGCCAUCCACGGAGUGCCAGCCAUGUUUGACACCCUGUUCAGUCUACCACGACCCGCAGGUUUCAACUGCGACAGGCUACGAACAGGAAUCAUCGCGGGUGCCCCUGUUCCACGCCACUUGAUGGAACUGUUGGUCAACGAGUUUGGCAUGACAGAGUUCACUAGCAGCUAUGGCCUCACCGAAGCCUCGCCAACCUGCUUCAAUGCCUUUGUCGAUGACUCCAUUGACCGUCGUCUCACAACAGUAGGAACCCUGAUGCCACACGCACAUGCCAAGAUCGUCGACAAGAACAAUCGCAUCGUCCCCAUCGGCACCCGUGGUGAACUGUGUAUCGCAGGCUACCAACUCCAACAAGGCUACUUCCGUAAUGCUGCAAAAACAGCUGAAGUCAUGGAACGCGAUGCCGAUGGUGUGCUCUGGCUUCACACGGGCGACGAAGCGGUCUUUGACCGCCACGGCUACUGCUCCAUCACAGGCCGUUUCAAGGACAUCAUCAUCAGGGGCGGAGAAAAUAUUUACCCACUGGAGAUCGAGGAACGCCUUGUCAAACACGAGGCUGUCGAGCGUGCCAUCGUCGUCGGCUUGCCACACUCCAAGUACGGCGAAGUGGUUGCUGCUUUUUUGCAACGUAAAGCUGGUGCUGUGCCAAAGCCUAGUGAUGAGCAAGUGCGUGAGUGGACGAGACAAACACUGGGCAGACACAAGGCUCCUGUCCAUGUGUUCUGGCUGGGUGAGAACGGUGUCACGGAUCAGAUUCCUAUUACCGGUAGUGGCAAGAUUAAGAAGUUUGAGAUGAGGAAGAUUGGAGAGGAGUUGUUGGCUUCCAUGCCCAAGGCUAAGCUUUGA